UGAAUCAUGUAGACGCGCUAUCUACAUGCGACCACUGAACCCAAAUACGCGGCAAACAUAAUCAAAUAAACUUUUAAAAUGAGUGGUCAUUAGUGAUAGUGUGAUUUGUUCAACAAAUCGGCGUUGUGGAAUUUGUUGACCGACUGUCUGAGGUUAGUGUGAGCGAUGCGCGGGCGCACGCCGCGCUGGCGUUGCGUGUUCGCGAUCGUGUGCGCGCUGCUCGCUGCCGCCGGCAUCGCCAUCUCGCUCACCUGGGGCCGGGUCUUCGACUCCGUGGUGGCGCGACAAGUGGCCCUGGUGCCUGGGUCUCGAUCGUACCGCGAGUGGGAGGCGCCGUCUGUGCCACUCUUCAUGGACGUGUACCUCUUCAACUGGACCAAUUCGGACAAUUUCCCAGAGGAAAAGCCUAACUUGGUACAGUUGGGUCCAUACCGCUUUAAAGAGCACCGGCAGCACGUGAACGUGACGUGGCACGUGAACAACGGCUCGGUGGCCUACCGCACCCUGCGGAGCUGGCACUACCACCCCUCCAGCAACGGCAGUCUCGACGACAACGUCACCAUGCUCAACAUCAUAGCUGCGUCAGCGAUCUACAACGCCCGAGACUGGGGCUUCUUAGAGCAGAAGAUGCUGUCCAUGUCGCUGGCCAUGUUCGGGCAGCACAUGGUGGUGUCCAAGCCGGCUCGGGAGCUCCUCUUCGAGGGUUACGAGGACGCGCUCCUGGACGUGGCCAAGACCUUGCCGGCCAGCGCGACCGGCGGCGCCCCACCUGUUGACAGAUUUGGACUCUUCUACGAAAGGAACAACUCAAUCACGACCGAUGGCUACAUGGAAGUAUCCACAGGGGUGGAUAGCGGCACUUUACCAGGUCAGGUGCUGCGGUGGAACUACCAGGACUAUCUGCCAUACUACACUGGGGAGUGCGCCAAGCUGAAGGGGAGUGCGGGCGAGUUCCUGCCGCGAGACCUGACGGAGCGCUCCACGGUGACGGUGUUCGUGCCGGACCUGUGCCGCUCCAUACAGCUCACGCACAAGCUCAGCGGACAGUUCGGAGGCCUGCCCUACCAUCGCUACUCCGUCGCGCCGGAGAGCUUCGAUAACUCAACUUCCUCUCACCACAACACGUGCUUCUGCAACGGCGACUGCUCGUGGGGCGGGGUCAUGAACGUGUCGGCGUGCCGCUACGGCUCGCCCUCGUUCAUCUCGCUGCCGCACUUCCUGCACGCCGACCCGGCGCUCGCGGCCGCCGUCUCCGGCCUGCAGCCCGACGACGACAAACACUCCUUCUACUUCUCUGUGGAGCCGAAACUUGGUGUGCCACUAGAGGUUGCCGCUAGGUUCCAGCUGAAUAUUCUAAUUGAACCUAAUCCUAAUAUUGCGCUCUAUGAGAAAGUGCCAAAAAUGCUCUUCCCGAUAUUCUGGGUGGAGCAGAGCGUUCAAACGGAAGCGAGCAUCAUAGAGGAGCUGGUGUACGCGCGCGCCAUCUUGGACUGGGGCGCGACCGUGUGCGCGUGCGCGGCGCUGCUGCUGCUGGUGCUGGUCGCGCUGGCCACGUGCUGCGUGCCGCGCCACGAGUACGCGCGCCCGCCGGACGGCGCCAUCAUCAGCGAGAAAAACAAGGACGAAGCGGAGAUGAAACUGAACAAUUUGUGAUAAAAUUUACGAUUUUGAUACUGAAUGUGAUUCUCAGUAUUGUCACUCGCAUCUCGCAUACGGCGCUCAAUCCUGGUUCUCGGUCUAGUCUCGAAGACUGAUUGAAAGACAUUUUGUGCGUUCCGGGAAGUGAUAGCUGCAAGGCGGGAUAAUUAUAUUUUUAUAUGAAGUUA